GUUUACAUGUACAACUUUCUCCGACUUUCUAAGACGCGUUUUAUACCACUUCUUUUUCUGUCUCAUUUUGUCCACCAAACUUUUAACGUUGUGCGUGACUCCACAAAGCAGCAGCAGGUUGUUUGGAAUCUGACUUCAGGCCGGCGUCACCCCCCAAAAUAACCCUUGCAGCGUGACAGUGACUUUGCACCGGCGUGCCUCCUCCAUGUUGCCACACACAAUAGCCGCCAGCCGCAGGAUGAGUUGCAGUUUCCUCCUCGCCGCGUCCCCGGUGAAAGAUUAGUCGUUUGUUCAAGCCGAGGAUGGUGCGCAAUGUGGACGACCUGGACUUCUGCCUGGCCUCGCACCCGCAGAGCAUCCUGGAGGGCCUGCGCUCGCUCUGCUCCCAGCCCAAACUGGUGGACGUGACGCUGAGCGCCGGCGGACGCGACUUCCCGUGCCACCGCGGCGUGCUGGCCCUCUGCAGCUCCUACUUCUGCUGCAUGUUCUCGGGCGACUUCGUGGAGAGCAUCGCGGCGCGGGUGGAGCUUACCGACGUGGAGCCGGAUAUUUUGGCUUGCUUGCUGGACUUCGCCUACACGGGCAAGCUGACCAUCAACCAGAGCAACGUGGAGGGCCUCAUCCAGACCUCCAGCCGGCUGCAGUUCCAGACGGUCCGAGCCGUUUGCAGCCGCUACCUCCAGAACCAGAUCGACGCCACCAACUGUUUGGGAAUCCUGGAGUUCGGCGAGAUCCACGGCUGCCCAGAGGUGACGGCCAAAGCGCGGGCUUUUCUCUUGGAGAACUUUGAGGCCGUCCAGCAAGGCGAGGAGUUCCUCCUGCAGGAAAAGGAGCGGCUGGCGUCCUGCCUGCGCGACGAGGGACUACAAGUCCGCUCCGAGUGCGCCCGUGUGGAGGCCAUCCUCAAAUGGGUCGGUCACCACCAGGAGUCUCGGCUCUGCCACCUCGCAGAACUUUUGAGCCUGUGCCGCCUGGCCCUGCUCAGCCUGGACUACCUGAGCGGGAGUCUGCUGCAGGACGGUCUGGUGCAGGCGUCCGCCAGCUGCAGGGAGGCCGUGGAGAAAGUCCACAUGGAGAAAAUGCACCUGGUCUCGGAGUGCACGGGUCGAGUCAACGCGUCGGCCAGUCCCCAGCCCAACCUGCAGGAGGUCCUGUUCGUCAUGGGGGGUCGGUCCCUGGACGACGACUCCGAGGACGAAGACUCGGACGAAGACGACGACGACGAGCGGAGUCGGCGCCGGAGGAGGCCGCCGCCCGGGAACUGCACCUUCUACAACACCAAGACAAAAGAGUGGCAUCAACUCCCCAACUUCCCCAACCCCAACAAGUGGGGCUUCUCCAUGGUGGCUCUCAACAACGAUGUCUAUGUCACAGGAGGCUCGCGGGGCUCCAACACCAACACCUGGUCCACCACGGAGACAUGGAAGUACAUCACCAAGGAGGGGAGCUGGGUCACCGUGGCGCCCAUGCAGCGCCCGCGCACCAACCAUUCCUCCGCCACGCUGAACGGCGAGAUUUACGUCAUCGGAGGUACCACGGCAGACCGCGUGGAGGUGGAGCGUUACGACCCCUACCACAACACCUGGGCCUCCACGUGUCCCGCCCUCAAGUACGUGACCAACUUCACCGCCACGGCGUGCCAGGGGAAGCUCUACGUGAUCGGCUCGUGCGCGGUCAAGUACAACGCCUUGACCAUGCAGUGCUACAACCCCGUCAUAGACAGCUGGAUGAGCAUCUGCUCGCCCUUCAUCCCCAAAUAUCUGUCGUCUCCUCGCUCCGUGUGCGUGGAGGGGAUCAUCUAUCUUCUCGCCGACAACACAAAGAAGGUUUACUGCUACGACUCGGACGCCAACAUGUGGCAGAAGAUCCAACUCCUGCACAUGCUCCAUGAGAACGGCGGGCUGGUGGUGCUGGACGGGAGGCUCUUUGUGACGGGCGGUCACUGGAAGGGCAUGGAGGGCGACUACGGGGUGGAGGUGGAGGUGUACAACCGGGCGUGCGACACCUGGGAGGUGGACACUUUCCUUCCCAGACUCUGGUUCUACACCGGCCUGUCCACCAUCUUCCUGGAUCCGACCCAGUGGCCCCAGAUCUUCCCCGCAGACGCGACGUAGCUGACGCCACGCGGUUAAACGCCAGCGAGUGUUCCUGCCGGGAUGUCAGCAACAGCCAAGAAUAGCCGGUCACAUGAUCCUGGAGGUACUCAAACCAAAGCGCAAGCCUUCUCUGUUGCGGGUCCCAAACUCUGGAACGAUCUCCCUCUCCAUGUGAGAACGACCCUUCUUAAAACCCAUUUUUACUCACUGGCUUUUAACCCAGCAUGAGACUUUGAACGGUUUAAACUGUUUUUAACUUUUUGUCUAACAAAUUUCUCUUAAGAUAAUAUGUAUUUGAUUUUUCUAUGUGCAUAUAUAUAUAUAUAUAUAUAUAUAUAUAUAUAUAUAUAUAUAUAUAUGUAUAUAUGUAUGUAUGUAUGUAUCUAUAUAUAUAUAUAUAUGUA